AUGGUGCGCGUUGCAUUUAUAACUUUUUUCCUUACCGUCAAAGUGAAACGCCUUCUACGACGUCAUUAUGAGCAGGUGGUUGCACCUCACGUCGCUAGUGGUUCGAUCGAUGAGAAGCGUCUCUGGUCAACCAUCUCAAUUGCAACCAUGGACGAAGUCUAUACUUGUCGGGUGGCUGGAUUCCGAAACCGCGACGAAUACUACACUGCCUGCGAAUCGUUGCCACAUCUCCACAAAAUUCGAGUGCCAACGAUUUUCCUAUUCGCCAAAGACGACCCCAUACUCCCGAAAUGCCUGUGGGAACCAGUGAAGCCAGAUCAGAGAACAGAACGAACAAAAGAGGAAGUUAGGAAGCACUUAGAGGACAUGAUAUAG